UCAGUCGUGUUUUUAGGCUUCAGGUUUGAGCUGCUGCUUUCCACGCUGCCGCUACUAGCUAGUAGUAGCACGACAUGGAUCUCAUUCAUCUUCGCCCAACAGGCAACAAACGACCCGCAAAACCCGAGAAACAAUGUCGUUCGACAGCAACAACAACAGCAGUAACGCCAACAAUGGUGUCCCUGGCACCAUCACCUUCCCAGCGGGAGGUAAUCCAAACGUCAGUUUGAAUCAAAAUGAUUGCUUUGUAACGGCAAAAUACGGCGACUUGCGAGCGCUAGGCGUGAACGGCAUAAUCUCCUUCUUCCACAAGGCGUGUCGGUCCCCUGAAUUUGCGGGAAAAUGCAAGGGCUUCACGUGUCCAACCUUCAUGCCGAACUAUGAGCUCAUUCCUGGAGUCAGCGCAGUGACGAAAUUCCAAAAUGCUCUGGUCGGUCUGCCGGACCAAGCAGAACUGGGCGUUGUUUUUCACGGAACUCCAGAAACCAACAUUCACGCAAUUAGCACCGGAGGUCUCGACCCCGCCAAGCGAAAGGGUCAAGCAUAUGGCCCAGGAGAGUAUUUCUCCAAAGACCCUGGCGUUUCGGUUAGCUACUGUCGCAAUGGUGGAAAGAUGCUGGUCUUUGUUGUGGUCCUUCCUCCUCCUCCGUCCUCGAUGCAAGGCGCCAAUGCACCAAGGCACUCUUCCCGCCCAGCGGCCUAUGUCGUUGUGGAGAACAACAAUCACCAGCUUCCCAUCGGUACGUUGGCAUUCUCCUCGGUCGACCACAAUGUGAUGAUGAAUUCACAACAACUCCAACAGAAACUGCUCUCGCUCAACAAGCAAGUUGAAGACCGCAUCAAGGCAGCCGAGGAGGCUCAAAUCAAAGCUGAAAUCAUCCAAGCUCUUAUUGCCGGGCACGUUGACUUGGCAUCCGAAACCUACAUUGAAUACAAGGACAAAUUCAGUGAAUUGAGCCGGAAGGAGAUCGCAUGGUACGUCCAGAGUUUGAUUGGGACGGACGAACGAUUCUCCGUCUUCUUUCCAGACCUGCCGGAACCCAUGGACAACACAAAGCUCGCUCAUACUAUGGUGCAAAGUGUGGACUAUGCGAUAGCUCACGAGACCCAGGCACUGUAUCAGUUGCAAGUAGCGCAAAACGCCCUGAACAAACAGAAAGACGAGGAAAACAAACUUGAUGACAUGAUUGCCAACAAAAAGGCAGACAACAAAAAGAAGCUCAAGGUCGCUGCAAAGCGUCAACGAGACACCGCUUCUUCUGUGAUUUCUGGAAUCAUGCAGAAUCUCAUCAAAAACCGAACGGAUAUAGCAUCGGAACUUUACGAAAAGGCCGAGCGAAAAUCUCGAUUGGACGGGUUUGCCAAACGAGAAAUUGCUCAAUGUGUUUACCGGCUUGUGGACGACAAAAGCUUGAUCCCCAUCUUGUUUCCUGAUUUGCCAGAACCCGACACAUCAUCCAAGAAGCCGUGCUGACUGGCACCGGAACAUGACAAACACAAACACACGCACGACGAUAGCUCCAGUCUAUUUUCAAAGGAAGGAAACUGUCUCGAAGAUCGGCGAAAAGCUGGGGGUGGGAUAUACGCGUUGGCCUAGGCCGCCGACCCCGAAAUAAAACUACAACAUAAGACAUACUAGCUAUAGAAGACAAUGCUUCGUC